AUGAUGAAAGACAAGUCUUUGAAGAAAAAGAAAGCAAAAGAAACUUCUGAAGUUGAAUUGGAUCCAAUUAUGGCCGAGCCAUUAAAAAAAAAGAAGAAGUCUGUUAAGUUUUCGAAUGUAGACGAAAAGCCAAAAGAGGAGAAGCCCAAGAAAAAAAAGCAUGUACCUGAAUUAAUAAAAGAGGUUGAGAAUGCUCCAGUUACCAAUGACUUGUCAAAGAAGAAGAAGAAGCUACGGAACAGGAAAAAAAGUAUUAAAUCUAAACUAGCAGAUGUUGGGGAUGUUAUUACUCCAGUUGUAGAGAAAGUAGAGUUUAUUCCGGAACAUAAAAAGUUUAGCGAUUUCGCCAUCGAUGAGAGGCUAUUGAAAAUAAUAGGAGAGAUGGGAUGGGCUCAUCCCACCCAAGUUCAAGAAUCUGUGAUUCCUCUUGCUUUGGAAGAUAAAAAUAUCAUGGCUAGGGCUAGGACAGGAAGUGGAAAGACAGCAGCAUUUUUGAUACCUACAAUAGCAAAAAUCAUCAAGAUUGUCGCCGGUAAUGCCAAUGCAUCUGGACCCUUUGCUAUAUUUAUUGGGCCUACGAAAGAGCUUGUAACACAGAUCUUCAAUUUAAUUGCCAAAUUCUUGGAACCACUGCCUUAUUUGAGUUGUCUCAACUUGUCCGAGCUUGCUACAUCAGAGAAAGAUGUUUGGGAACAAGAAUGCCCUUCUUUCAUUUGUUCAACUCCAGGAAAGAUGGUGGAGAUGUUGAAAAUCCGUUCAACAUUCUGUCAAAACGUCAAGACUCUGAUUUUAGAUGAAGCGGAUCUUCUUCUUUCCUACGGUUACGAAAACGAGAUGAUUACCCUAAAAGAGCACCUACCGGAACAGUACCAAUGUAUUUUCACAUCGGCUACACUUACUGAUGACAUGACUACUUUGAAGAAACUUUUCAUGACUGGUCCUGUUGUUACCAUAAAAUUGAAGGAAGGAGAUUUACCUGACACUGAUCAACUGGCUCAAUAUUUAGUUUCUUGUCUUGAUGACGAACAACGUUUUACGAUUCUCGUAGCUAUGUUGAAGUUGAAGCUGAUCGUAGGAAAGACUAUAAUCUUUGUCAAUUCUACUGAUAGAUGCUAUAAAAUGAUGCUGAUUCUGAAGGCGUUCGCAAUAAGAAGUUGUAUUUUGAAUUCUGAAAUGCCAGCAAACAGUAGAUGCCAUGUUAUUAACCAAUUCAACCAAGGGUAUUACAAUGUCGUAAUUGCUUCUGAUGCCCAAGAUGCCUUCUCAGUACAGGAAGCUGAUGCCUCACAGAAAAAGACUGGUCGAGAUAAGGAAGCGGGAGUUGGAAGAGGAAUAGAUUUCCACCGAGUUUCGAAUGUGGUUAAUUUUGAUUUCCCACUCAGCUGUGAUAUUUAUAUCCAUAGAGUUGGAAGAACUGCUCGUGGUUGGAAUAAGGGAACGGCUCUGUCUUUCUGCGGUCCAGAGGAACGUCCUUUAUUAGAUAGUGUUCAAGAAGAGAUCAAUACAAUUAUGAACAAAACUGUUCUGAAGCCAUAUGAGAUCAGAAUGAAAGAAAUCGACUCGUUCUUGUUACGUACUAGGGAAGCUUUGUUCAAAUGCAACAGGGGUGCCAUCAAGCACGCCCGUAUAAAAGAAAUUAAACUUGAGUUAAUGAGAUCUGAGAAGCUACAAAGUUUCUUCGUGAACAAUCCUCGUGAACGCAAUUUGAUAACUGUCACUGAAAAACCAGCCACAUUACCAGUUAAUGAAGCACUGUUGCAUGUCCCAGAUUAUAUUGUUCCUAAGUCCCUCAGAGGAAUGGAUUACAAUCCAGACAAAAGGCCGAGAUUGAAUGCCAGAUUCAGAAGAGAGAGGAAAACAACUUUCAAUCAGAAGAUGCAUAAACGUCAAGAAAUGGAUCCUUUACGAACAUUCAAUCCUUCUGGUAAAGCCUAA